AUGGAAGAGAAGAAUCAGACAGGAGUGACUGAAUUUCUUUUCUUGGGCCUCACAGAUCAUCUCCACCAACAGAUUGUCCUCUUUGUCAUGCUUCUCUUCGUCUAUCUUGUCACCCUGGGGGGUAACAUAGGGAUGAUCAUUCUCAUAUGGACUGAUCCCAGAUUCCACACGCCUAUGUACUUUUUUCUCAGCCACUUGUCCUUUGUUGAUCUCUGUUCCUCUUCUUCCAUUGCCCCCAAGAUGCUGUGUGAUAUCUUUGCAGAGAAAAAAGACAUCUCUUUCAUGGGUUGUGCUGCACAGAUGUGGUUCUUUGGCCUUUUUGUGGCAACUGAAUGUUUUCUCCUGGCUUCCAUGGCAUAUGAUCGGUAUAUGGCCAUCUGUAAGCCCUUGCUGUAUACACUCAUUAUGUCCCAGAGGGUCUGUGUGCAGCUGGUGGUAGGGCCUUAUUCCAUGGCUCUUAUAAGCACAAUGACUCAUACAAUUCUCACAUUUCGCUUACCCUUCUGUGGUCCAAAUGUCAUCAAUCACUUCUUCUGUGACAUUUCUCCACUGCUUUCCCUAGCAUGUGCAGACACCUGGAUCAAUAAAUUAGUGUUGUUCAUCAUGGCAGGAUCUAUAGGAAUGCUCAGUGGCCUGAUCAUCAUGGUCUCCUAUGUUUGUAUCCUGGUGGCCAUCUUGAAGAUCCAGACUGCUGAUGGAAGGCAGAAAGCUUUCUCUACCUGCUCUUCUCACCUGGCUGUUGUCUCUGUGCUGUAUGGGACACUUUUCUUUAUCUAUGUUCAGCCUGGCUCCAGUCCCUCCCUGGAUAUCAAUAAAGUGAUUUCUCUAUUUUAUACUGUGGUAAUCCCCAUGUUGAACCCCCUCAUCUACAGUCUGAGGAACAAGGAGGUGAAAAAUGCAUUCAGGAAGAAGUUUGAAAUGAAAAAUUCCAUAAUGGCUUUGGCAAAAUAA